UGGUGUCUAGGACAGGGUGCUGCAAGGGGAGGUCUUUGUGAGUUCCGCCCUGAUUGCCUUUUUCCUUCUCCUCCUCCUCCUCCUCCUUCCCAGGGCUUCUGAUCGGCCUUUCCCAGGUGCGCCACCUUCUCCGCCUUCGCAGCGGGAUCUUUCUCCUUCCUGGGUUCAGUGAAGACCGCAGCCAUGCCGGUGUCAGUAACCCGCACAACCAUCACUACGACAACGACAUCAUCGUCAUCCACCAUCGUGGGGUCCCCUCGGGCACUGACCCAGCCCCUGGGCCUCCUCCGCCUCCUGCAGCUAAUAUCCACCUGUGUGGCUUUCUCGAUGGUGGCCAGUGUGAAUGCUUGGACUGGGCCCAUGGGGAACUGGGCCAUGUUCACCUGGUGUUUCUGCUUUGCUGUGACCCUCGUCAUCCUGAUUGUGGAAUUAGGCGGGCUCCAGGCCCGCUUUCCCUUGUCAUGGCGAAACUUCCCCAUCACCUUCGCCUGCUACGCGGCUCUCUUCUGCCUGUCAUCUUCCAUCAUCUACCCCACCACCUACGUGCAGUUCAUGGCUCACGGACGCAGCCGGGACUACGCCAUCGUCGCCACCACCUUCUCCUGCGUCGCUUGUUUGGCCUAUGCUACCGAGGUGGCCUGGACUCGCGCAAGGCCUGGUGAGAUCACCGGCUACAUGGCCACCGUGCCGGGGCUGCUCAAAGUGUUUGAGACCUUUGUAGCCUGUAUCAUCUUUGCCUUCAUCAGCGAACCGUUCCUGUACCAGCACAAGCCGGCGCUGGAGUGGUGUGUGGCCGUCUAUGCCAUCUGCUUCAUCAUGGUGGCAGUGACCAUCCUGCUCAACCUGGGAGACUGUACCAACAUGUUGCCCAUCCCGUUCCCCACCUUCCUGUCGGGCCUGGCCUUAGUCUCUGUCCUCUUGUAUGCCACUGCCAUUGUCCUCUGGCCCCUCUACCAAUUCGACCAGAGGUACAACGGCUACCCCCGGCGUGCGUCGGAUGCAAGCUGCACUUACACACACACGCCCCACUCUGUGUGCUUCUGGGACCGCCGCCUGGCGGUGGCCAUCCUGACGGGCAUCAACCUGCUGGCAUAUGUGUCUGACCUGGUGUACUCCACCCGCCUGGUGUUUGUCAAGGUCUAAGGCCAACAAGGGGCUCCCCUCCCGCUCGCCCCCCCCAGCCCCCAGUCCCUUCUUGCAGCCUCUUCAUCUUAUUACCCAAAUUUCUGGUGCAGUCCUGUUUCCUCCUCCUUACCUCCCAUUUCCUCUUCCUCCUUAUAUAUUCUUCCUGACUCAUUGUUCUCUUUCCUUCUUUCUCUUCCUUCCCCGUCUUCCUUUUCCUCUUCCUGUUCCCCCUGCCCAGAUCCUGUUUUGCCCCUGAGCUGUCUGUCCCCAACAGCUCUGGCUUUGCCUCUUUCCUAUUCCCGUCUCAGUUUUCCUGUUGGUUUUGUCCCCUGCCUGUUUGCCAGGGAGCCCUCAGAAUUCUUGCUUUCUCUCCCUCACCCCUCAAAGGUGCUGGCCCCACACAUCCCACAAUCCUUUGCAGUUCUUCACCCCCACGGGCCUCUUUAGGGGGGGCCCUCAUUGCCAAAGCAUGUCUGCUUGCCUGCCUGCCUGCCUUAGCUGUGCCUUAGUAUGUGUGUGUGUUAAAGGCGAUGCACCUCUCUUUUAAGGUCAAAACCAAAACAAAAAAAACAAAAAAAACAAAAAACAAAACAAAACCCUGGAAGGUCAAUAAUUCCGGCAGCCAGCAGAGAGCUUCUGUCUCUACCUACCUGUCACUCAGCUUUGCCUAAAAUUGGCUCCAGAAUUUUUUCUUUUUUUGCCAGGCUUCCUGAAAACCCCGCUGCUCUCCUGGAUGAAGGGAAGGUUAGACGAUGCCUUUUGCUGAAUUCUCUGUGUUAUCUAAAAACAAACAAACAAACAAACAAAAAAACCAUACAAAA